GGAACAUUUGCAGUGACAUCUGGACGUCAAUAAGCAAACUCUUUAUCAAGAAAUCCAGCGACAGAAAAAUAAGAAAUUAAAAAAAAAAAAAAAAUUCUGCAGUCCAACGAUAACUCGUUUUGGUGAAGUUCUCCAGACCCUCAGUAACUUCCUUUUACUUCAACUUCUGCUAAUGGUCAUUCUGAGAUGAGAACUGAAAUCAUUCUCGUCUUCUUGCUGUUCGGGACAGCAUGGGUUGAGAGUGCCCUCACCGCUGACAUCAAGAAGCUUUUGAUUGUCACUGGAGCUCUCGCCAUUCUAAAGGGCACAAUUCUAAUAGGCUAUUUGGAAGGCAGGCGCAUUCCACCUCCCAGGGGAGGACGAUCUGUGGCCACAGAUGUCGUGGCGGACGUCGUCUUCUCUGCGAUCGGCCUCAUGGACUCCAGCGACUGCGUCUUGAAGUUGAUCUGUCAGCUGGAGAUGAAAGAAGAAUCCGAACGCACGGAAGAAGAAAACAUGAUCGUGGAUAUGUUUUCCAGGAGUACCGUGAGUCUGUCUUCCAGGGCGGAUUCCGCGGCGGAAGCCGCGGACGCAGGAAAUCGAACGCGUGGGGUGUCCGUAUGCGAUAGGUAUUUCUCAGAAUGUUCUUUGAGUGAGGAUCAGCUCAGGAACUUGUUGAAAUCUCCCGGGGAUGCGCUCUCUAUGAUUUGAGCGUCUUUGUCACUGUUGGUCGUUGUUUUUAGUCGUGUCCUUCUUAGUAAUUUAUCUAUAUUUAUUCACUUUUUUUAAUAACGUAUUUAUUUAUAAUCUAACUUAUUCUAUUUAAAGUUCUCCACCAAUGUUGCUACGAUGGUUGUGAAGCAACGAAAAGUAUUACUCAUGGCUUCUAGUCCCACUGGUUUUAUGUUUAGAAAAUAAAUUAUUAUUAUUCUAAAUUGAUGUUACUUUUACUUCAAAAAUGCUUGAUAGAGAAGGGAAAAUGAAACGGUCAAAUCAAAUCCAAAGGUAUAAGUUCGAAAUGCAAUAACUUGCUCAGUGUAGAAAGCUUACUUGAGAAGUUGUAUAUUAUAUCCACUAUAUUAUACAUCGUGUGUUUAUAUGUGUAUAAAAAAUGGUGAUCUGUCAUUAUUUCCUUUUGCAUCGAAAGCAAAACAAAGGGAUAAUAAGACAUUUAUUUCACCAAGUGCAGGACUUGAAUUAUCAUUUUUAACCUCCUAUUUUUCAUAUCUAUUCCUUUCCUUCCAAGUCAGCCAGAUAACAGAACAAAAAC